GUUUGGCAACUCUCCAGCUGCAUCACGCCCCGCCUGCCCGCUGUUCAACUUGUCAGCCUCGUUGAACCCCGCCAUUCACCGCCGUUCGCUAUUGUAGAGCUCCCACGCUUCCUGUUGUUGACAGCGUGACUGUGUUUUCAUCAUGUAUUCGAAUAACCAAUUCAUGGACGCCCGUCCAGCGCCGCAACCACCGACGGGUCGUCCCCGCCUUGCUCUUACACCCAACACCAGCAGCACACUGCCUGGUAACAUGGCUGGUCUGAGCAUGCAGUCGCCUGCUUACGGCCAUAGCUCGUCGAUGUCGCUGUCUCGCACACAAACGGAGAGAAGCGUCUCAUCAUCAGCUGUGGUCAAAGAGGGCAUGGUUAAGGUGAAGGAUGAGGGUCUGUUCAAGUCGUUUGUCUGGGCCGAUCGGUGGCUGGUCUUGAAGGAAUUUGAGCUGAACUUCUUCAAGAGCGCAAACGCAUCCAAGGUGUCCAACACAAUUCAAUUGCGAGAUAUUCUAGGCGUAGAGAGGUCCGACACACAGCCCCUCUCGUUCGAGAUUACACGGUCACUUAAUCCCAGUAAAGGCUCGUCACCGCCUCGCGACGGACCGACAAAGGUUAUCACAUGCAAAGUCGAAACAGAUGACGAUGUCUACUCCUGGAUCGACAGCAUAUACCAACGCUGUCCCAGCAUGGGCGGUGUCAGCAACCCUACAAACUUCACUCAUAGAGUUCACGUUGGCUUCGACCCAACAAGCGGCGCCUUCGUUGGUUUGCCUGUCGAAUGGGAGAAGCUGCUUACAGCCUCUGCAUUGACCAAGGAUGACUACGCAAAGAACCCCAAAGCCGUGCUCGAGGUGCUGGAAUUCUACACCGAGAAGCUUGUCAAGCGAUCCGAAGAUUCCCAGCAAUACUCAAGCCUCACGCCUACCCCUGGCAUCAACACUGGAUCAGAGAAGCAACUUGGCUAUGGCGGCAGUGGAAACUCGGUCGCACCUCCUCGCCCUGCUCCUCCGGCUCAGUAUCAGCGCAAGGACAGCUACAGCAUGGGGUCGCAGCAGAACACACCACCCACAGCUGGCUAUGCAGCUCCGCAACAGAACAGCGUUUCCUCCGCAGACCGCUACGAUCAAGAACGACGCAGACAGGAGGAACAGGCACGAAUGCAACGUGAGCGAGAGAGGGAGAGGCAAAGGCAAGAACAAGAACGACGAGAGCGUGAGGAAUUGGCUGCGUAUAAUGCUUCAAUCCCACAAAAGAAGGUACCAAUGGCUCAGCAAGAGUUUGGCGGAGGCGGCUACGAUGAACGAGAUCCGAGUCCUUCAAGCGCAUCGCGCUACAACCCCUCUCGCCCAGCUCCUUCGACCCCAGGAUCCCAAAGAGCCCCAGCAGCUCAAGCGCCAGGAUCACUCCGCCAGAUGGCAGCUCAACGCCCUGCUCCUUCUGCUCCAAGGCAACAGCAGAAUGGUUCUGGAUACAGCACUUCGCCACAGUCUAAGAUCCCAACUUCACAGCAACGCCCACCAAUACAACCAAGCCCGAGCUACUCAGGUUCCCAGAACCAGGUUCCUCAAGUUCGUGCCCAGGCACAGCAACAGAAGCAAUACCAGGGUUCAUCUGCGGCACCGAAGCCACUGAACGUCGCAAAGCCUACAGGAGCGCCCGUCAACGAUGCCGUCAAGAAGGCCGAGGCAGCCCUUACCAGCAAGCCCAAGGAAGAAACGCCGCGAAAGGAUGUUCGCAUGUCCAGCAUGUCCGAGACCGAAGUCAUGGCGAAGCUCCGAGAAGUUGUCUCGAAAGAAAAGCCACUGGAGUCCUACAACAAGCAGAAGAAGAUUGGUCAAGGUGCCAGUGGUUCCGUCUACGUUGCACGCAUCCGCGAAGGUGCGAGCUCGCCCAUGGCACGUCGCAUUCUGCAGGAGAAUGGACCACGUGCUCAGGUCGCUAUCAAGCAGAUGGACCUCCGCAACCAGCCUCGCAAAGAGCUGAUCGUCAACGAAAUCAUCGUUAUGAAAGACAGCAAGCACCCCAACAUUGUCAACUUCCUUGACGCUUUCCUACAAGAAGAGCAGUCAGAGCUCUGGGUAGUCAUGGAAUUUAUGGAGGGCGGUGCUUUGACCGAUGUCAUUGACAACAACCCAACUAUCACCGAAGACCAGAUUGCCACCAUUUGCUUCGAGACUUGCAAGGGUCUGGAGCACCUGCACAAUCAGAACAUCAUCCACCGAGAUAUCAAGAGUGACAAUGUUCUGCUCGAUGGACGUGGUAAUGUCAAGAUCACCGAUUUCGGAUUCUGCGCCAAGCUCACAGAACAACGAUCCAAGCGUGCAACAAUGGUCGGCACACCCUACUGGAUGGCACCCGAAGUCGUCAAGCAAAAAGAGUACGGCAACAAGGUCGACAUCUGGUCACUAGGCAUCAUGGCCAUCGAGAUGAUUGAAUCCGAGCCACCCUACCUCAACGAAGAGCCCUUGAAAGCCCUCUACCUUAUCGCCACAAACGGGACGCCUCGCCUCAAGAAGCCAGACAAGUUGUCCAAGGAGCUAAAGGCCUUCCUCUCCGUCUGCCUCUGCGUCGAUGUUAAGAGCCGAGCUAGCGCAUCUGAGCUCAUGAGCCACGACUUCCUUAAGAGCGGAUGCAGUCUCAACAGCCUCAGCCAGUUGCUCAACUUCAGAAAGAACGGAAGCCACUAAAUGCUGAGCUGAGCUGAGCUGGAAAGAGGCGGAGAGGCAGCGCAACGUAUUUAUCUUUUCUGGGCCUUGCAAAUCUUGAUCGAUACCCUUUCCAUAUAUUUUCAUCGAUACUUGUCAGUGAUAAACGUGCGCCUGCAGCGUACGAGCGAGCAAGCGGAGCGGAGCGAGGUGAAGAUAAGGGGACACAGCUUCUGUGCAUAGGAAGAG